UUGGAAAAAAAAAAGCUUGACACGAAAUUCUAGCGUUUGAUUUGGGUUCCGUUUUAAUGUAUGUAGAGGGUCCCUGUCGCAACUCCCACCACUCGACGUGAGCGACACGAGACUUGGCCUACUUUUCUUUUCCCCUCUUAUUCACGAAGCUUCAAAGUCCCCUCCAGAUUUAGACCUUCUUCUUCCCGUCACACUGCCAUGGCCUCCUCCGGCAGCAGCGGAUGCCCCACCCAGCCACACGUGGCGUUCGUCGCAUUCCCCUUCGGCACCCACGCCGCUCCGCUCUUCGCCCUAGCCCGCGCCGUCGCUUCCGCGGCACCCGGCACGGCCGUGUCAUUCCUCAGCACCGCCCGGUCCCUCGCGUCCCUCCCCCGCGCCGAGGGGCUCGGAAACAUCCGUCUGGUCCCUGUGGCCGACGGGAGGCCUGAAGGCGCAGCGGAGGUGCCGCCGCCGGGGGGCAUCGAGGAGAUGAUAGGGAUGUUCCUGGCGGCGACGCCAGGGAACUUGCGGGAGGCGCUGGGCGCCGCGGCGGCCGGGGCUGGGGGAAUCCCGGUGGGCUGCGUGGUGAGCGACGCGUUCAUGUGGAUGGCGGGAGACGUGGCGGAGGCGGCGGGCGCGCCGUGGGUCGUGUUGUGGACCGGCGGGCCCGCGGGGCUCGCCGCUCAUCUCCACACCGAUCUUCUACGCGACGCCAUCGGUGUCGGGGAACGAGCCAUGACCCGCUUUAAGGAGCAGCUUCACUCCAUUCCCGUUCUCUCCGCUCACCGGGUCUGCGACCUUCCCGAGGGCAUCGUCUUCGGCCCCCUCGACGCUGAAAGACUCAAUUGUCUAGUCCAAGCCCACAUAUGGGUUGGACCCAAUAAUUCUCCCCCUCGAGUUUAUAUGGUGGAUUAUACUAAGCCCACUCUUUGCCUACAUGCUUCAAGCUUUUUCUUAGGACUAUCGCCCCCGGGGCUCGCCCCGGAGCCCUCGACCGUGACACCCGAGGCAUUCCUCAGCCUAACCAAGCAAGUGCAGACUAUGGCAGGCAUGAUGCAAAUGCUCGCCCUAAUUAUUCCUCAAAUCGUGCAACUGGUGAUGCCCCCGACCGAUCCAGCUCGGCAACCCCCGAAUGGGGAGCAGCUCGGGAUCAGAGAGGCCUCAGGGCGAGCGACGGACCCAAGGGGUCCUCCCGAGCAAAACGCACCCGCAUCCGGCCUAGCCAUGCUAUCUCAUCUGGAGCCUGACACCAUAUCGUCUGACUCGGCAGACGACUCGCUUAGAGCCCAGUUGUCUCGAGUAAAUCAGUGGCUGGAUGCAUUCCAGCGCGAGCUUCGAAGGUCGCAGAGUGAGUCCAGCAAGGGCGCCGCGGGCGGGUCCCCCUUCACCCCGGAAGUAUAG